AUGGAGCUAAGCCUGGAGAGCCUCGGGGGCCUGCACGGCGUGGCCCACGCGCAGGCGGGCGAGCUGCUGAGCCCGGGCCACGCGCGCUCGGCGGCAACGCAGCACCGCGGUCUGGUGGCACCCGGGCGCCCGGGGCUGGUAGCGGGCAUGGCGAGCCUGCUGGACGGCGGCGGCGGCGGUGGUGCCGGGGGCGCGGGCGGCGCGGGUAGCGCGAGCGGCGGCGCCGACUUCCGCGGGGAGCUGGCGGGCCCGCUGCACCCGGCCAUGGGCAUGGCCUGCGAGGCGCCCGGCCUGGGCGGCACCUACACGACGCUCACGCCCCUGCAGCACCUGCCGCCGCUCGCGGCCGUGGCGGACAAGUUCCACCAGCACGCGGCGGCCGCGGCCGUAGCCGGGGCUCACGGCGGCCACCCCCACGCGCAUCCGCACCCGGCGGCCGCGCCGCCCCCGCCGCCCCCGCCGCAGCGCUUGGCUGCCAGCGUGAGCGGCAGCUUCACCCUCAUGCGCGACGAGCGCGCUGCGCUCGCCUCCGUGGGCCACCUCUACGGGCCCUACGGCAAAGAGCUGCCCGCCAUGGGGUCGCCGCUGUCGCCUCUGCCCAACCCGCUGCCGCCCGCUCUGCACGGGGCCCCGCAGCCCCAGCCGCCGCCGCCGCCCCCACCGCUGGCCGCUUACGGCGCUCCGAGUCACCUGGCCGGGGACAAGCUGCUGCCGCCCGCCGCCUUCGAACCGCACGCCGCGCUGCUGGGGCGCGCCGAGGACGCGCUGGCCCGCGGGCUGCCGGGAGGCGGCGGCGGCGGCGGCGCUGGCGGCGGGGGCUCCGCUGGGCUGCUGGCGCCGCUGGGCGGGCUGGCGGCGGCCGGGGCGCACGGUCCGCACGCGGGCGGCGGCGGCCCAGGCGGCGGCGGCGGCCCUGGGGCUGGCGCGGCGGCCGAGGAGAUCAACACCAAGGAGGUGGCGCAGCGCAUCACGGCGGAGCUGAAACGCUACAGCAUCCCGCAAGCCAUCUUCGCGCAGCGCAUCCUGUGCCGCUCGCAGGGCACGCUCUCUGACCUGCUGCGCAACCCCAAGCCGUGGAGCAAGCUCAAGUCCGGCCGCGAGACCUUCCGCAGGAUGUGGAAGUGGCUGCAGGAGCCCGAGUUCCAGCGCAUGUCGGCGCUGCGCCUCGCAGCCUGCAAGCGCAAGGAGCAGGAGCAGCAGAAGGAGCGCGCACUGCAGCCCAAGAAGCAGCGCCUGGUGUUCACCGACCUGCAGCGACGCACGCUGAUCGCCAUCUUUAAGGAGAACAAACGGCCGUCCAAGGAAAUGCAGGUCACCAUCUCGCAGCAGCUCGGCCUGGAGCUCAACACCGUCAGCAAUUUCUUCAUGAACGCGCGGCGCCGCUGCAUGAACCGCUGGGCCGAGGAGCCCGGCGCGGCCCCCGGGGGUCCCGCCGGCGCCGCCACCUUCUCCAAGGCGUGAGGCGCCCCAGCUCCGCGCCCUCCCUGCGUCCAUGGUCUGGGC